AUGGUUAGAGAUAUUGGCGGAUUAAAUGAAACUAAAAACACAUGUUUGGAAGAGAUGGUUGCGGGUUUCUUAUACACAUUAGCUCACCAUAAGAAAAAUAGAAUGAUGGGUGCUCACUUUUAUAGAAGUGGUGAAACUAUUAGUAGACAAUUUCAUGCUUGUUUGUUAGCAAUCUUAAAGUUACAUGUUGUUCUUCUUAAGAAACCAACUCCAAUACGAGAGGAUUGUGACGAUGAAAGGUGGAAAUAUUUCAAGAAUUGUUUAGGUGCCCUUGAUGGUACAAUGAUUCUAGUUAAUGUUCCUUGUGAUGAUCGACCCAAAUAUCGCACUAGAAAAGGCACCAUUGCUAUGAAUGUUCUAGGAGUAUGCUCACCUGAGAUGGAAUUUACAUAUGUCUUACCCGGUUGGGAGGGAUCGGCACAUGAUUGUCGGAUUCUUCGAGAUGCUAUUUCUAGGCCUAAUGGGUUGAAAGUUCCUAAAGGUUGUUAUUAUCUAUGUGAUGGAGGAUAUACUAAUAGAGAGGGAUUCCUUGCACCAUAUAGAGGGCAUCUUUAUCAUCUUAAAGAAUGGAAUAAUGGCCCCCGACAACCUCAAAACGCUGAAGAAUAUUUCAACUUAAGGCAUGCGAAAGCUAGAAAUGUGAUUGAGAGAUGCUUUGGGUUACUCAAGGGAAGAUGGGGAAUUCUUAGAAGUCCUUCUUGGUUUAGUUUAAAAACACAUGGUCGAAUUGUGCUUGCUUGUGCCUUAUUACAUAACUUGGUAAAAAGAUACAUGCUUGCAGAAUUUGAUGAUGAUGACUUGUAUGAGGAAAGUGAUAGUGAUGAUGAUGAUGGUGAUGCUAGUGAUGAAGAUGAUGUGGAUUACAUAACUUCCAUUGCUGUAACCGAUCCAUGGACUAAUUUUCGAAAUACAAUGGCCCAAAAUAUGUUUAAUGAGUGGAGGGCUAGAAACCGCAGACUUAGUUCUAUUAUGGAAGAAAGUAGUGCAAGUGGAGGUGGAAGGGGGAGAAACAAACGAUUUUGGACCGCUCAAGAAGAUGAAGUCCUUGUGGAAGCAUUGUCAGAGCUAGCUGUAGAUCCUCACUGGAGGUGUGAAAAUGGAUUCCGAAGCGGCUAUAUGGUUCGCUUGGAGGAGGUCAUAGGUAAGGCUCUUCCUGGUUGUGGUUUAAAGGCUACACCACACAUUGACUCUCGGAUUAAGACACUUGGAGCCAAGUUUAGGGCUAUUUCUCAAAUGUUAAAUACAAGUGGAUUCGUUUGGGAUGAUGAAAAAUAA